AGUCUUAAUUGAUAUUUGUCUCAGCUAAAAAUUCUCUGAUGUGUAUCAAAUAUUUCUCAACAUCCGAUGUAAAAAUAUACGUAACGGGCAUGAUUCCUCGUUAUGCAUGUCACUAUCUUACCUCAAGAGGAUGAAGCUUUCAUGCCACUCUUGGUGGCGGAAGCCUUUUACUUUCAUAACAUUGUACGUAAGGGAUGUAAGUAAGCUGUGUUUGGCAUCGUAGGUGCAUGAAAAUACACAAAACAAAGCAAAAGAAGAGUGUCGUAUUAGGAGCUUACCAGUAUAAAAAGCAAGAUGGUUCCCUCCAUGUCACGUUCCAAACCAGCUAAGACCCCUCCCAAGGUUCGAGAAAAGUGCAACAGAAUCACUCCAACCUAGCUAUAAAGGAAAACCAACCACCCCUAACCCAUGAAGUGAAAAAAACUACCCCCACCAAGGAAAAAAAAAGGAAAAAAAAAACAAAGGAAAAAAAUUCUUGCCUUAGCCCACUCUCCCUUCUCAACCUUUCUUCUUCACUUCUCCCUCUUGAAGAUCCGUGUGUAUCUCAGUCAUCAUGGUAUAAUGAUGAGCUUGUUCUAAACUUCUGAUCUUUUGUUUUAUCCAUAUCACCUUGCAAGUACAAGGCAUCUUCUUGUAGAGAAAUAAAAUAUAUAUGGCAGUAAAGGAGAGAACUAUGGGGAGUAGUCGUGGGUUGUUUAAGUCCUUGUUUGGAGCACUUGCAUUUGUAGGGUGUGUCUGGCUUUUGCUGGGAGGAGGGAUCCUGGAAAGCGGAGGAGCAAAAACGACAUCAAUGUUAGCAGCUCACUACUCCUUAGAAAAUCUCAAGCACAUGAAGGUGAUCGACAGAGAGAGGCUUGUUAUCCGUCGACAAUUAGAUCUCAACUACAUGAGCAAAAGAAGAGUUCCAAAUGGACCCGAUCCCAUACAUAAUAGGAGAGCUGGGAACUCGAGACAGCCUCCUGGUCAAAGCUUAGGCAGCAGAUAUUGAGAAGCUUCGGAAAAAGAGCGGAAGAUGAGACAAGUUGUCUGCCAUCUUCUAUGUAAUUUCUUAAAAAUGGGGCUAUAAAUACUUCUGAAAACAUUGGAGGAAUCCCAGUUUGCAAGGUUCGUUUCUACUUACACGAAUUGUUAUGGCGAUAAAGAAGAGGAAGCUUGUCUCACACAAAAAGUACAUUCAAAAUUAGAAUCCUCAGAAAGAUUAAUCACAGCCUUUGCAGACACUCCACUUUAGUAUUCUUGGUGUUUCUUUAUAAUUUAUUAAUAUCAGAGAGGGAGAGAGAGAUGAUCACCGUCAUCAAUCUUGGCAUGUAAGAGAGACCAAAUAAGAAAAAUACUAUGAGUGCAAAAGUGGAUGGAACAGAAGCCGAUAAAUGUUCUAGCAGCCCCAUGCCUGCAAGCAUGUACGGGGGACAUGUGCUAAACUCUUAUCUAUCAAUCAAUCAUCUCUGGUUUUUGGCUU